CGGAGUGUGGAGCGGGAAGAACUGUCGAGGCAAACCUUUUGUUUAUUUUGUUUCUGAGUGAAAUGAAAAGAUAUUUAAGUCUCAUAAUGACGUGAAACCAAAAUGUUUCACUUUUUAGUAAAUGAAAAACGGGUGGCGAGCUUUCAGACGACAGAGUUGUCUGAGUUAGCAAGCUAGCAGUUUUCUGUGUAACUGCGGAGUUCCAUCAAGAGGUGGAUUUUUCCUUUCUGAAAUUCAUCACCAAUGGCCUCCAAAGAUUGGCAGCAUCCUUACGUCAACAUAUUCAAACAUGUCAGAGUUGAAGACUGGAAAAGGUCUAAAAAACAAGGAGAUGUGUCUGUCUACAUGGACAAGAAACUGAAGUGCUCAGUGUUCCGUAUCCGGGGUCCUGUUCCUGCAAACAGUUACAUCUUGAUGCCCCAAAACGGCAACCACUCUCUGGGGCUGACGGGUCGUUAUUUCUACCUUCUCUUUCGGCCGACCCCUGCCAAAUACUUUGUAGUGCACAUGGAUGUUGCUGCAGAGGAGAGCCAAGCGAUCCGCAUCUCCUUUUCCAACAUGUUCAAAGAGUUCAAAUGCACGGCUACAUGGCUUCAGUUUCCGUUCCUGUGUACAGCUGCAAAGGAUACCGUUCAUGAAUGCACUGCCAAGUCAGCCAGACAUGGAUUAGUGGGUCCAGCGCCCUCUCUGGUAUUAUGGACUUGCUUGAUGCUGGAUCUGCAGUACACACUAUCAACCUACCUCACCCGCCACUACCGCCAUCUGAAGAGCGUCAAGCUUUGUGCCAACAUGACAGUGAAAAACAUGUUCAUAAGCGACCUUCUGUUCGAGCCUGGAUUGUCCUUCAGUGAAGCCAAGCUGAAGGGUCUGGCGUGUUCUCAGGGUACAAGUCCCAUGCCCAGAGAGAUGUCAUUCCCCGUGCCGAAGGGGAGCUGCUGGCACGACCACUAUGAUUACAUCAGGUUUCCCGCUGAAGGAACAAAGUUAUCCUUUGACUCCAUUCAAAAAGACAAUAAAGCGCAUGAGUCUACUUGUGUAGCCAAUCAGAAAAGCCCCAUCAGAGAGUCGUCUCACUCUGACAACAUCAGCAAACCAACUCAAGAUUCUGUGUCCUUCAUCCAGCAGAUCACUACCCCGGUAUCAGUCCCAGAUGAUCAGACACCACAGGUGACCAACAUGCCCGAGCUGGAUCCAGUUCCCACCAGCCAGGAAGAGGACCAGCUUUUCAACCAUGAUGACCAUGAUCAGCAGGAGUCACCUUGCUCCACUUUGCAUUCCCUGACAUCCAGGCUGGACUAUGAUGCCAGUGGUGGAGGUGCUCAUGUGUACGGGCAUCCUGAGGAUGGCAGCCAUGAAGAAAGUGAUGAUGGCAAGUUUGAUUUCUCUGCUGUUUCGUGCCACUUGCCAUCAGUCAAUGACACCGAACAGCAGCUGCUUCCAUAUAACAUUCUCAAGCUCAAAAGAAUCAUCGGUUUUGGAGGAGGCACCGCCAAAUACGCUCUGUGGACCAGAUCGGGUGAUGAAGUGGUGUAUCCGUGUCAUGCAGUUAUCGUCUCGAUGAAGAUUGUCUCUAAGCAACAGAGAUUUUUCAUGGGCCACAGUGAUAAGGUGUCUGCUCUAACAUUCAAUGGAAACACAACGGUUCUUGCCUCAGCACAAUCUGGCACCCACAGUUUACUUCGAGUGUGGGAUUAUCACCAAGGAAAGUGUCUGGCCAUCUGGAGGAUUAAUGCUCAGUCAUUAACGACUCUAAGCUUCUCAUAUAGUGGUGACGUUCUCUGCGGAGUCGGCAAAGACAGCCAAGGCAAAAACAUGGUGACUGUGUGGAACACCCUGAAAGUCCUUAAAGGUGGAAAAUUGACCAUUUUAGGCAAAGUGAACACUGACGUGGAUAUCCACACCAUGAAGGUCACUUACUUUGAUGAUACAAGGAUGGCGUCAUGUGGUCACGGAAAUGUUCGUUUAUGGCAAAUACACAGUGGGGUGAUACAGUCCACUCCGGUCGAUUUGGGGGCGCACGGCUCACUGGACUUUACUGAUGUGGCAUUUAAGGAGGGAAAUUCUUCCAACCAGAACGUUGAUGAUCGCACACUUUAUGUCAGUAGCCGGAGUGGAUGUAUGUUAGAGAUAGACUACGGCAGAGCGGUUCUAAAAAAUAUCAGAAGGCUUUUGUUUGCACAGCAGCCACAUGUCCACCGAACAACAGGUCGAGACAUUGGCAUCAACACCAUCAGUGUCUCCUCAGCUUGCUGUGUAACCGGCUCUGAAGAUGGCAUCCUGCAGCUCUGGUCCCCUGAUUUUUCCUCUGUCUUGUUGGAGGCUGAGCACGAGGGAUCAGUGACGGUCGUUUCACUUUCCCCAAACAGCCAGCAUGUCCUGUUUGCCACUUCCACUGGUAACCUGGGUUACCUGGACGUAUGCAGCGGUAGUUACAACAUACUGAUGAUGUCACAUACAGACAGCGUGCUCAGCUUUAGCGUGGAUGGCAUUCGGCGGCAUCUCGCCACAGCAUCCCGUGAUGGCACGAUUCGUCUUUGGGAUAUGGAUUCCAUGUAUGAGCUGUAUGACUUUGUGUCGGAGGACAAGCCCUGCUCAGUGGUUUUUCAUCCAAGCGAGCAAGUCUUCUCUUGUGGUUUCAGCUCCGGCAGCAUCAGAGUAUUUGACACUCGCACUGGCAAAAUACUGGUUGAACACAAGCAGCACAGAAGUGAAGUUGUGGGUCUCACCUUCUCUCCACACGGGGAGUUUAUGUACAGUGCUGAUGCUCACGGCUCUUUAGCCAUGUACAACUCUUCUGAAGAGGGCUAUUCUUUAAUAAGAACAGUGUACAAUAUGGUGGCUCAAGGUACUGAACACGCUCCGGACACUCUCACCGUGAGCAGUGACAGCCGUUGUCUGGCGUUUGUCGGGAUCUCAGCAUUCAUUGUAACCAUCGCAGAUGCACGUUCUCUGGAUGAGUUGCUUCAUGUAGAUAUAAGUAUCUUAGAUGUCAAGAGCACCCAGCUGGAUACUGUUGUGAAGGUUUGCUUCUCUCCGGCCUUUUCUGAUCACCUGCUGGUUGCUACUUCUGCUGACAAGAUCCUGUGGAUUAGCUCCAAGACAGGCCGUCUGUUCCACAAGGUGUCAAAUGUGCACAAACAUCAGUGUUCCUCCCUGGCUAUGAGUGAUGACGGCCAGUUUUUGUUGACGGCAGCAAAUGGUGCAGUGAAUGUGUGGGAUUACAACAUGCAACGUGAUGUCAACUCGCAGAUACUCAUAGGCCACAGUCAGCGUGUCAACCAGGUGAGGUUCACCCCAGACCAGCUGUGUAUAGUCUCAGUUGGAGACGCUGUAUUCCUUUGGGACUUCCUGACACACCCUGUUGACUCAUUUCCGGAUUGCUGCUCACCAGUCAGAGUGGGCAACAACUUACCUUCUGAAAGAGGUAAAUUCACGUUUAUGUUUAUCGCAAGGAGCGCAAAGACUGCAAUUGUUCAUCCAGAGGCAGAAGUGCGUAGUGUUCAGGUGUCCAAUGGGAUGCCUCGACAGACAGCACCACGACCCUCCUCUCCACCAUUACAACUGGACUUGGUUACCAUUGACCAGGAAGCUUUAGGCCCUUCAUCUGUGGGUGAAGAUGCUCGGUUCAUUCCGCCGGUUUCAGUCCCACACACCUAUUCAGGUUCUUCCUCACACCACAGGUCUGCCGCAUCCUUCCUCAAGAUCACAGAAGGCGGCUCCUCUCCCCUGAACGUCAGCCAUGAGAGCACAGCUGAGCUUCAUGGAAAUAAGCCAGUACGUCCAGAUUGUUACAGACACUUUAUUCCACGUCUCAAGAACUCGACUUCUGAUAAGGCUACUGUGUCACCACAACCAGGAGAAGAGGGCAUAAAACUAAAAACUGUGAUUGGCUACAAUGGAAAUGGACGUGGAAACAUGGUGUGGAGCCCCGACCAAGGGUUAUUUGUAUACUCCUGUGGCUCUUUGGUGGUGGUGGAGUAUCAACACACAGGCUGCCAGAAACACUUGCAGGGUCAUGAUGAGGAAGUUUCUGGUCUCGCGCUCACACAUGAUGCACAGACUUUAGCAUCAGCAGCAGCUAGCAGUGAUGGAAGUCGGAGCCUCAUUUGCAUUUGGAACAUCGAGAACGGAAAGUGCCGUAAAACCAUCUCUUACCACAAGGGGGUGGCGCAGAGUCUUGCUUUUUCCAGGGACGACUGCCUCUUCCUCUCAGUUGGAGACUUCUGUGAUCCAGAAGUGGUUCUGUGGAGCACCAGGACUUUCCAGCUCUUGUCCAGUGUGACUAUGUCGGGGCCGAUCCACGAUGCAGCAUUCAGCCCCACAGCAGCCACUCAGCUGGCCUGUGUGGGCAACCAGGGGGUGUAUUUCUGCCUCAUCCACGCCCACAGCCAGAACACGGACCUCAGGGCUGAUAGAGUGAGUGCACCGUCAGAGGUGGGUGUGGUGGAGCUGACUGCGCUGAGCUACCAUACAGACUCCAUUCUUUUCACCGCCACUAAUCGAGGUCAUGUUUGUGCUUGGGACAUCAACACACGGCUCUGCAUAAUGACCUGGGAGGCUGAUGCAGGAGAGAUUGGGGUGCUGGUGUGUCGAGGUAACCGCCUGUUGACUGGCAGCAACACCUGCAGGUUGCGACUAUGGGAGGUUGAUGCUGUAUGGAGCUUAAAGAAACACAAAAAGACGUCAAGUGUUGACCAUGGGGGUUCUGUGGUGAUUUUGGAGCGUGAGAUACUGCUGGAUGGGACAUUGGUCAGUGCAGCAUUCGAUAGCACAAUGGACGUGGGUAUCGCUGGCACCACGGCAGGAACUCUCUGGCACAUUAACUGGGUUGACAAAAGCAGCAUCCGCCUCGUCAGCGGCCAUAAAUCUAAGGUCAGUGACGUGGCGUUUAGCUCAGAUGAGAGACAUUUUGCUGCCUGCAGUGAAGACGGCAGCCUGAGGGUGUGGUUGACUCAGAGGAAUGAACUGGUGGUGCAGUUCCAAGUGCUAAAUCAGGCCUGCGGCUGUGUUUGCUGGAGCUCGACUCCUCCUGGCUCUGCUGGAUGGAGUGCAGCUGUGGCUGUGGGAUACAGUGACGGUUCCCUGCGGAUAUUCCGGCUUUCCUCCUCGGAGAUGGAGAUGAAGUUGCAUCCUCAUCGUACAGCUGUCUGUGCCAUCCAGUAUUCUACUAAAGGUCAUGUGAUCCUUUCAGCAGGGAAGAAUGGUCUGGUAGCCAUUAGCAGCCCAGUGACCGGAGCGACUCUCCACACCAUCAGAGACCACAAAGGUGCACCGAUUACCACCAUCACGUGUGUGAGCACGCAGUGUGAGUCAUUUGGCCUGGAUGGAAAUGAGCUGUGGCUGGCUGCCAGCGUGGACAGACGUAUCAGUGUGUGGGCUGCUGAUUGGUUUAAGGAAAUGUGUCAUCUGCUAGACUGGCUAACAUUUUCUGCUCCGGCAUCUUUAGUGGAUGACGGCCAGCCUCCCACCCUUGCUGCCUUCUGCCCAGCAGACCCUGGACUGGUUGUCUACACAAGCUAUGGCUUAGAGAGGGCGCUGUAUUUUUACAACCUGCUGAAAAAACAGGUAGUAAGAAAAAUCGCUCUGUCCCACUGGGCUACAUCCUUCAGCCUCUCCCCUAACAGUCAACUGAUAGCUGUUGGCUCAAAGGAGCGGGUAUUAAAGUUAAUUAAGUCAACCAGUGGCAGGUUCCAGGACUUCAUCCAGCACAGCGACUCGGUGCACGUGUGUCGCUUCUCUCCCUCUGGUUCUCUCCUUUUCACUGUGGCGUACAACGAAAUCCUGGUGUGGGAGAUUCAAGCUUUUUGAAAAUCUCUUUCGGAGCUACAGACUGUGCUGUUUUCUUAUCCUUCAGUCGGACAUUAAACACUGUAAAUGAUGCAGAGUAAGAGAGAAACAAAUUACACUAAAUGAUAAAUGUCUUCCUCUUCACAUGUGCCUGGAAUGUUUUGUUGUUGCCUCAUGUAAUAAUUUUAUUUGUCCAAAGUCUUCAUGAUUGUAGUUUGUGCAGAAAUGUCAAAAACUUUAAAAUAUACAUUUAUAUUUUUUAAUGA